UGAUCAGGCAUCUGAGGUUUGAGCCGCCCCAGGGGCAGAAUCGAAAGUGAUCACUGCUGGAGGUUGGUGCUGUGGGCCAGGGAGUCUUGAAUGCCGCCCUGAAGAGCCUGGUCAGCUUCAGACAUGGCAUCCCCGGGGCGUGGUCCGUUGCCCACCAGCCCUCUGGCCACCAAGGGGCUAGCCAGGCUCUACGCCAAAGUGGACCUCUAUCUGGGUUGCCCUCGCUGUGCCCAGCGCCUCAACGAGACCACCUAUGUGCUGCAGAAGGUGGAGCAUGGCUGCCCCCAGGAGAUUCUGCUGGCCCGCUGCAAGUGCACUGCCAAGAGUCAGGUCUGGCGCAGGGUGGGCCGCAGGCCCACCUUCCCAAGGCCUCUGUACUACAAAGUCUGUCGCUACUACAGCCCAGAGCUGGGCUGCCGGCGCCACAGGAACCGGUGCACUUUCGCCCACAGCCGAGAGGAGGCACUGGUCUGGACCUUCGAACGCAAGCACAACCUCUCCCGACUGUGGCUGAAGGCUGCCUUGCAGGGCAAGAGGGCUCAGGGUGGGCCACCUGGGGCGGCUGACACCAUCUGUGCAGAGUUCGGAGGUCACUUCCAACUUCUGUGUGCCCACUGCUUCAGGCGCUGCCCCCCACACCUUAGCCCUAUGGACCCCCAGGGACGGUGCCCCGAGCAUGGAACCUGCCAGUCACUCCUCAUCCAUGUCAGCACCGAGGGCCGCAAGCGGCAGUUUGUAGAGGUGCGGCCACUGCCCCAGAAUCGCCCCCUGCUGAACUACUGCAUGUUCGUGGAGCGUGGGCAGCCGUGCCGCCAUGGCGCUGCCCGCUGCCAGUAUGCACACAGUGCUGUAGAGAUGGCCGUGUGGAAGGCCGAGCAGCUGGAUGGGCUCCAGCGGGAGGACCUGCUCACUCACCCUGCCCUUGGGGAGGCACAGUGUACAGCGCCCCAGGGCCAGCCCCCUGGGGUCCAGCUGUACUGUCACACCUGCCUGGUCACCUGCCACACUCAGGAAGCCUUUGAGAACCACUGCUCCUCCCUGGAGCAUGCACAGAUGGUGGCCUACGACCAGGCUGUGCCCUGGGAGUACCGCAGCCCACCCAUGGGGUUGUCUACAUUUGAGCUUUGCCCAAGGCCUGACCUCUGUGAAUAUGGGGACAUCUGCACCAAGGCACACUCAGCCCAGGAACUGCAAGAGUGGGUCCAGCGGGCACAGGCCCUGCAGCUGCGGGAGCAAGAAGCCUGGAAGGAUGGGUUGAUGCCCUACCGGGCGCGGCUGCUGGCUGAGUACCAGCACAGCAGCAGCGAGGUCCUGGUGCUGGCUGAGACUGUCCCUGGAGUGUCUAUUACUUGCCACCAGCCCCUAGUGCAUAAGGCCCAGGAGAAGAAGACCCAACACAGCUGGACGUUCACUGUCCACUCUGAGGACCCCCUGCUCCACGUGGCCCUGCUUAAGCAGGAGCCUGGAGCAGACUUCUCGUUGGUGGCCCCCUCCCUCCCACGGGGCCAGCUGUAUGCGCAGGGGCAACACUUCCGUGUGCCUGACACCUCAGCUGAAUUCCAGGUGGAGGUGCAUGUGCAGGCUGCCUCCUUUGGUACCUUUGAGCAGUGGGUGGUCUUCGACUUUGGCCGCCGGCCAGUUCUGCUUCAGAAGCUGGGGUUGCAGCUGGGCCAAGCACAGAGCCUAGGAUUCUGUGGAAGGCCAGCACCUACCUUCCUCGAGGAGCGGGGCCGCUGGCACACAGGCAACCGUCACGUGGUUCCUUGCGUGCCACGCACAGCUGAGCAAGCAGCCCUGGUGGCCAAGUACAAGGCGCCGGCCCUGGCCUUGGAGUUCAGUCACAGCAGCCUGGCCUCAGGCCCCAUCUCUCUUAGCAACUAUCGGCAGAAGAUGCACAAUUUCCUCUAUGAGGAGGAGGCUGCUCAGCAGCAGCUGGUGGCCAGGCUGACCAUGCAGGUCCAGGUGUCCCUGAAGGCGGCUCUGCAGACACCAGCACUGGGCAUGCUCUUCGCACCACAGGGAGCCCUCUACGCCGAAGUCCCUGUCCCCUCCUCUCUGAUGCCAGAUACAGACCAGGGCUUCCUGCUGAGUCGGGCAGUGAGCACGGCCCUCAUAGCCCCUGUGCCCGCACCUAAUGACACAGUGUUCGAAGUGCAGCUGGAGACACGGGCCAGCUCAGAGCAAGCUCUGUGGCUACUGCUGCCAGCACACUGCUGUGUGGCCCUAGAGCUAAAGCCUGAGGACAACCCCCUCUUAGAAGUGCAGUUCCAGAUUGACCCAAUGCCAUUCCGCCUCUGGCACCAGGCAGUGGACGCACUGCCCAAGGAGCACCUGGUGAUACCGGACCUGCCCAACUGCACUGUGCCCCAUCUCGGGCCCAUCCCACCCUCACUGUGUGGAAACCGCAAGCAGAAGAUGGCUGUGCGGCUCAUUGCAGGCAGCAGCCCAGGAGGCAUGAAGCCUGUUCCCCCGCUACUCAUCUAUGGGCCCUUUGGCACUGGCAAAACCUACACACUAGCCAUGGCCUCUCUGGAGGUGGUUCGGCAGUCCCACACCAAGGUACUCAUCUGCACACACACCAACAGUGCUGCAGACAUCUACAUCCGGGAGUAUUUCCACGCCUAUGUCAGCAACCACCCUGAGGCAGCUCCGCUCCGGGUGAUGUACACAGACCGCCCGCCCAGCCAGACAGACCCUGCUACGCUGCAGUACUGCUGCCUGACAGAGGACGGCCGGGCCUUCCGCCCACCCACCAGGGCAGAGCUGGCACAUCACCGCCUGGUGGUCACCACCACUUCCCAGGCCCGAAAGCUGCAGGUGCCAGUCGGCUUCUUCUCCCACAUCCUCAUCGAUGAGGCUGCCCAGAUGCUGGAGUGCGAAGCCCUCACCCCACUGGCCUAUGCCUCACCCCACACCCGUGUGGUGCUGGCGGGGGACCACAUGCAGGUCACGCCCAGGCUCUUCAGCGUGCCCAGGGCUAGGGCGGCCAGGCACACACUGCUCUACCGCCUCUUCCUGCACUACCAGCAGGAGGCCCACAUGGUUGCCCAGAAGAGCCGCCUCAUCUUCCACGAGAACUACCGCUGCACCGCAGCCAUCAUCAGCUUCGUCUCACGCCACUUCUACACGACCAAGGGCAACCCCAUCCAGGCCAGCGGCAAGGUCCCACGCCACCCCCAGCACUACCCGCUCAUGUUCUGCCAUGUGGCGGGUACCCCUGAGCAGGACCUGUCCAGGACGUCCUGGAUCAAUGCAGCGGAGGUCGCUCAGGUGGUGGAGAAAGUGCAGGAAGUCUACAACACCUGGCCCCGCUGCUGGGGUAGCCGGGAGCAGAGACACAUCUGUGCUGUCUCCCAUGGUGCCCAGGUCGCUGCCCUGAGGCAGGAGCUGAGGAGAAGGAAGCUGGGCGAGGUGUCUGUGGGCAGCUUUGAGAUCCUGCCAGGGCGGGAGUUCCGGGUGGUGGUACUGAGCACUGUGCACAACUCCCUCAGUCUGCUCGGCCCCAGGGCACUGGCCUCCGAGUUCUUCACCGAGGCCCGUGUGCUGAACACGAUCAUGACCCGAGCCCAGUCCCAACUGGUGGCUGUGGGGGAUGCAGUAGCCCUCUGCUCCUUUGGAGCCUGCAGCAAGCUCUGGAGGAGCUUCAUCCACGAGUGUGUGGAGCACCGCAGCAUCUGUCCCGAGAGCCUGUCGCUAGAGCAGAUCGAGCAGAGUGUGGCUCAGAGGCGGCAUUGGGCCCCUGUGGCCCCCAGAGCAGAGGCAGCUGGGGCAGCAGUGGCUAGGGACACUGUCACAGAAGAGACAGCUGGAGGCCCAGCCACAGAGCACGUGGCUGUGGCAAGGGUUCUGCCCGAGCCCGUGGCCAAGGGGCGUGAGGUCGCUGUGAAGGUGGAGGCAGGGGACGCAGCCCCUGGGGAUGCAGCAGCAGGGCGGACCCUGGAGGGCAGGAGGCCUGCAGACCCCGAGGACUGGGAAUCUGACUUCUGGCCUUCCCACGGGGAGCUCGACGCCGAGGAUGCCAUCCUGCAGGAGCUCUUGGAUGAGAGCCGACAGGUGACAGUGACUGUUGGGGAGGAUGGGUUGCUGGACACCGUAGCCAGACCCAAGUCUCCACAGCAGGCCCAGCAGUACACCAACCUGCCCCCAGCCAUGCUGCGGGAGCUACUUCACUCAGAGCCCGAGCUGUACCGCCACUGCACGUUCCUGAAGGAGACCUUCCAGCGGGCGUCCGCCAUGCCGCUAAGCAAUGCAGCCUCCAGCCCCAUCCAGAUCAGGGGCCGUCUGAACUGUGGGAUGGCCUUUACAGGGGAUGAGGUGCUGGUGCAGGUCCUGGACCGGGAGGCUGGUGAUGGGGACAUGAUAGGACGGCUGCAGGGCCGUGUGGUGGGUGUGCUGAAGAGGAGGAGUCAUGCGCUGGCCUUUGUGUGCCGGAUGGACAAGUGGGAUCCCCGGAUCAUGAUCCCUGUGGACAGCUCUGUGACCAAGAUCUUUGUGGCUGAGCUGAAGGAUCCGCUGCACAUCCCCAUUCACCGCCUGCUCCGGGGCCGGGUGCAGCGUGUGGGGCACAAGACCCUCUCGGCUGAGGCUCGGCACACCCAGCUCUUCUGGGUCCACAUCGUCCUGUGGCGUGAGCGUUUCUACUACCCACUGGGCAUAAUCCUGGAUGUGCUGCCCGAGGCCACCACCUGGGAGCAGGGCCUCCGCAUCCUGGACCUGGAGCAUGGCCUCAGGACCCCCAUGCCUGACCCAGCCUCCAUCACCAAGGUGCUGGAGAGAUACCAAAUGGAGCUGGACUCUGCUGCUGGUGACCGAGAAGAUUGUCGCAGCCUCCUGACCUUCACUGUGGACCCCCAGGGUGCCUGUAACCUAGAUGAUGCCCUCAGUGUCCGGGACCUGGGCACCAGGUGUGAGGUAGCUGUGCACAUCACUGAUGUGGCCAGCUUUGUGCCCAGGGAUGGGACCCUGGACGUGGAGGCCCGCCGGCAGGGCAUUGCAUUCUAUGCUCCCGAUAGAGAGCCAGUGCUCAUACUGCCAGUCACAGUCUGCCAGGAAGUGCUCAGUCUCCUGCCAGGCCGGGACCGCCUGGCUGUCUCCCUCUUCCUCACCAUGGAGAAGGGCAGUGGCCAGCUCCAGAGCCUGCGCUUUGCCCCCUCUGUGAUAUGCUCUGACCACCAGCUGUCCUAUGAGGAGGCUGAGGCGAUGAUCAAGGGAUACCCAGGCGCCGGCCUGCAGCUGCCAGCCCACCUGGGCUCAGUGGAGGCCUGUGUCGCAGCUGCCUGCUACUUCUCCCGGGUGCUGCGCCGACACCGCCUGCAGACUGCCUGUGACUAUGAGCCCCCGCAGGAGGACAGUGAGCUGGGCUUCCGCGUAGCCCACAUCAUGGUCAAAGAGUACAUGAUCCAGUUUAACAGACUGGUGGCUCAGUUCCUGGUGCAGUGUGAGCACACAAGGACGGUCACACCCCUGAGGUGGCAGCCCACACCUAGCAGUCUCCAGCUUAAAGCCGUUCGUGAGCGGCAUGGAGAGUUGGUGGCCCUGUCACCGCGCCUCCAGCACUAUCUGCAUGACCAUAGCACCCCGGGCAAGCAGUUGCAUGUCCUGGCCUCCCUCUGGAAGCAUGUCCAGCUCGCUGCCCAUGCCCAGGACUACGACCGGAUGGUGGACCUCAUUGCCACGGAUGACAUGCACCCUUCUCUGGCUCCUGCAGGCCUUGCCUUCCGAAAGGUCCUAGGUCGCUCGGUGUUUGGCCGCUCUAGCCAGGGUGAGCAGCAACUGGCCAGCCACUACUCACUGCAGGUGGACUGGUACACAUGGGCCACAUCGCCCAUCCGCAGGUACCUGGACUUGGUGGUGCAAAGGCUGCUGCUGCUGGCGCUGGGCCAUGGGGGGCCUGAGUACUCCACCAGGGACAUCGAUGGACUCUGCCAGGACUUUGGCAGCCAGUAUGCAUGUUCCCGGAGCUAUCAGCGGCGGGCCCGAAGCCUGCACCUGGCCACCCAGCUCAAGGCCCAACCCCAAAAUAAGCUGGGCUUUGUGGUGGAUGUGGAGAUGGGCACCCACUGCUUCAAGCUCCUCUUCCCAGUCAACCAAGAGACGCUGCCUGAUCCCUACCCUGUCCACUAUAGCUACCUGCAGCUGGCUGACCACCCCCGCAGCCUGGAGAGCCGGCCAGGCCUGCGGCUGCUAUGGCGACGCCGCAUCUACUCGGUGCAGAGGUCCCGGCCAUCCUCCCCACUGCCUGGCACCUUGCACGACCCAUACACCCGGGUUGUGGGUGCAGCCCAAUGGAAGCAGCUGUUGGUGCUGAUGGAGGAGCAGCGCUGGCCGGAGGCAGCUGCCCUCAUCCAGGAGCAGGGCCAGGAGGAGUCCCCAGGGCGGGAGCCUAUACACGUGCGUCAGAGCCCCUGUGGCCAUUUCAUAGAGGUUGUCCGGGAGCUGGGCAGCGGGGACACCCUGCAGGUACAGCUCAGCACCAGCCUGCAGCGUGGCUUUCUGGCACCAGCCCUGCAGCUGUGGACUGUGGUGCCCGGCCUCAGCCUCUGCCUGGAGCAUGUGGAGCGGCCUGGUGACUGUUUCUCUGGGCGUGUGCUCCAGGCCUCGCAAGACUGGUACCGCGACGAGGAUGAGUACUCCCGUGUGUGGGAGCCUCUCUGCGGCCUGGAGUCGGCCACCAAUGCAGUUGCAGAGAACAGCUCCAUCACGCUGCAGCAUGUGUGCAUCAACUGGGACGCGGAGAGCACCCCCCAAGGGCACCUGCGGGGCACCUUCCUCCUGGACGCUGCCUUCCUCUGGGAGAGCUGCAUCCAUGUCAAUUUCAGCUGCUGCUAUCUCUGCAUCCGGCUCGAGGGGCUCCAGGCCCCUUCUGCCAGGCCCAGCAGCCUCAGGCCCAUCCUGAGCAUCGAUCCCCCUGGGUAUGCCUGGGUAGCGCACGGGCUGACUGAGGACUUGGACCAGGAGGACCAGGAAGACCGGCAGGAGGCCUUUAGGAGGGUGCACUUCUUCAUCCACCAAAUGGCCAUGGAGAAGGUUCCAGAAGAGGUGCUGAGGCCCGGCACUCGAUUCACUGUGGAGGUGAUGCCCAAGCAGCUUCCUGACCUGCGCAAGGAGGAAGCCGUGCGUGGGCUGAAGAAGGCGUCCCCCCUGGUGGUCAGCAUUGCUCUGGGCCGGUCCAGCCCCAAGCCCCACCCCAGCUCACCCUCCUGCCCCCUCCCUGUCCUGCAUGGGUGCUUAGGGAGGCCUGGUCCCCAGCUCCCAGUGGCUGCCAGCAGGCUCCUGGAGCUAGAGGCCUAUGACAUCCCCGGAGGUCACCACAAGUUGAAUUCUGGCCAGAACGAGGCCGUCAGGAAGGCUCUGGAGAAGCCCUUCACAGUCAUCCAGGGCCCACCAGGUACAGGGAAGACCGUGGUGGGCCUCCACAUCAUGUUCUGGCUGCAUCAAUCACACCAGGAGCAGGAGUCCACCAGCAGUAGCCCUGGUGGGGCAGGGCAGCCGAGGGGCCCACACAUCUUGUACUGUGGCCCCUCCAACAAGUCAGUGGAUGUAAUGGCAGAACUACUCCUGAGCAGGAGAGCAGAGCUGCGGCCCCUGCGAGUGUACAGUGAGAAGUCCGAGGCCACUGAGUUCCCAAUUCCAGGUGUGGGCCGCAGAGGCCUGCUCAACAAGGCCCACCAGGAGGGGAGGCCAAACGAGACCCUCAGGAGCAUCACCCUGCACCACCGAAUCCGACAGGCUUCCAACCCAUUUGCACCAGAGAUCAGGGCAUUUGACGCCCGGCUGCAGAGAGAGGAAGUCUUCUCUAGGGAGGACCUUGCCUUGUACAGGAGCAUCCUGGGGAAGGCGCGGAAGUUUGAGCUAGACCAGCACUCCAUCAUUCUGUGCACAUGCUCCUGUGCAGCCUCAGCCAGCCUCCAAAAGCUGGACAUCCGGCAGAUCCUCGUGGACGAAGCGGGCAUGGCCACUGAACCGGAGACCCUAAUCCCCUUGGUGCGCUUCUCCAAAGCUGAGAAGGUGGUCCUGCUCGGGGACCACAAGCAGCUACGGCCUGUGGUCAAGGACAAGCAACUGCAAAACCUGGGGAUGGAUCGGUCUCUCUUUGAGCGGUACCACAGGGAUGCCUUCCUCCUGGACACACAGUACCGCAUGCACCAGGCCAUCUGCACCUUCCCCUCCAUGGAGUUCUAUGGGAGGAAACUGAGGGCCUGGCAGGGCCUGAGGCGACCAGCCAGCAUUCUGGGCUAUGCUGGCAAGGAGAGCUGCUCUAUCAUUUUUGGCUAUGUGCAGGGCCAGGAGCAGAGCCUGCUGGUGUCCACAGAUGAAGGAAAUGAGAACUCCAAGGCCAACCUGGAAGAGGUGGCAGAGGUGGUUCGGAUCACCAAGCAGCUGACCCUGGACCGGACAGUAGACCCCCAGGAUAUUGCUAUCCUCACACCGUACAAUGCACAGGCUGUAGCCAUCAGCAAGGGCCUUGAGAGGGAGGGUGUCACUGGAGUAACUGUGUCCUCCAUCACCAAGAGCCAGGGGAGUGAGUGGCGCUAUGUGCUGGUGAGCACCGUCCGCACGUGCCCCAGGAGUGAUGUGGACCAGCGACCGACCAAGAGCUGGCUCAAAAAGUUCCUGGGCUUCGUGGUGGACCCCAACCAAGUUAACGUGGCCAUCACCCGGGCCCAGGAGGGGCUCUGCCUGAUUGGAGACCACAUCCUGCUGUCCUGCUGCCCUCUCUGGCGCCGUCUCCUGGACUUCUGUGCAGCCCAGCAGAGCCUCGUGCCUGCUAGCCAGGUGCAGGUCCGAAGGAGGCCAGCAAUGUCUUCCUGAAGAGUCCCUCUCUGCCUAGCUCAGGAUAUGCUGGUGGAGAGCAUGGCCCUCUCCCUACAGUGGACUGGAGCCCAGGGCAGGUGGCCGUGUCAACUUGCCACCGUGGCUGCUGGGAAGGCCCAGGCGGCUGGCAGCAGCUGGUGUUGACCUCUUCCUGGGGGUGAUCUUCCUGUUUGUGCCUGAACUUGGAAAGAGAAGAGGGACUGGAGUGAGCCCCUCUCUCUCUCUGCUGUGCUGCUCUCCCGGGAUGGGACGUUGGUUGAUAGGACAGCCUCUCAGCAGCUGACCAUUGAGGCCAUAUUGGCAGGAGACACCCCUGUCACCGGGAGGCCUCAGGUAGGAAGGAGACCUCUUUGAGGCUGCAUUUUGACCUUCAGACCCUCUGGGAUCACCCUGGCAUGGCAUCUGCCUUCUUUUCUAGUUUCAAAUACACCAAAGCCAGCGUCUUCUACUGGGACCACAGGCAGGGCCAGGACCUCCCUUGAAGAGGGGCCAUUUCUCUGCCCUCACUGCCACUAUCCUGUAGAGACCUCUGCCUAUCGGGGGAGGCCAGUCAAGCCAGACGGCAUACAACACUCCUGCCGGUGGGUGGGCCAAGGGCCAGGAGCAAGGUGCCCCAGACACUCUGGGCUGCCUCCACCCCAGCCACACUUGUCCAGGCCCAGAGCCCUCAGGACAACUUGCCUGGGGCCCUUUCUCUGCAGGGUUGAGUGGGUGCAGUCUCCCUGCUUGAGCUUGCCGCCACCCACCCACCCACCUGGAAGUAGCUCUCCUUUGUUCACCCCCUCUCCUGAGUCUUGAGGUGCCGCCAGCAAGUCAGCCGUCCAAGGAGGAGCAAGAGGCCUCCCCUCGCCUCUGCAGAGCCUUCUGUGGGAGGAGUGCCUGUCCACUGGGGUUUUCUACAAACCAGGUUUCUGUAUUCCAAUUUUCAACCUUUUCUCAGAUUCCACCUCAUGAUUAAAUUUUUUAAAUAUA